AUUUUUAUUGUACUCAUCACUUCAGAGAGGUGAGCUUUUGCCUUCAACUUUACCGUUUUCUUCUUUCCAUUCCUGCUGUGUUGUUUGUAUGCCUUCUGUUUUUCCGAGUUAGUUUUUGAAGUACUGUUUGUGAUAUUGAAUUCACGCUUAAAGUUAUCAAUUCAACUAACGAUUUCAUCUCUGUGUAGAGAGGGUGCAUUUUAAUGGAGUAUCGAAUUAGAAUUAGGGUUAUUAAUAGUUUAACAUCGAACCAAAUGUGUAUCUGUAACCGUAGUGUCAAAUGUCACCAAGAGUUUGUCGUUGUACAGCAGUACAAGCGCAACAAUCCGUUGAAGGAUGAAUUUUGAUUGCACAUAUGUUAACCAAGUCUUGUGAUAUCGGAAUAGCUUUUACUUAAUGUAGCUUACAAUAUUUGACAAUUUUGAUGCCGUUUCAAUCAGAUUUGGAAUGCAGUAUUAUAAUUCUUAGCAAUUUGGUUAUUCUGGGAGUGUUGUUAUUUGUGUUUCUAUGCUUACUGGAUCUACAUGCUUUAGUGUAGAUUGAUUAGCAGCAGUCUGAGUUUGUAAUCAUGAUUAAUUUUGUGCACUUUUGGUAGCAUUUGGAUUUAAGUGGGUUGCACAGAUGGCAGAGGCUCAUAAUCCGACUACCAGUGCAACGGAAAGCUCAUUUUCCUCACGGGGUGAUGGGAAUGGAGCUGCUGGUUUUGAAUGUAACAUUUGUUUCGAUUUAGCACAGGAUCCGGUGAUAACACUAUGUGGGCAUUUAUAUUGCUGGCCAUGCCUUUAUAGAUGGCUAAAAGGUCACUCUCAGUCCCAUGGAUGCCCUGUUUGCAAGGCCCUGAUAGACGAGGAGAAGGUGAUUCCUCUUUACGGCCGAGGGAAGACCCCAGUUGAUCCAAGAUCGAAACCUGUGCCAGGCAUCGAAAUCCCUUAUAGACCACCAGGGCAGAGACCUGAACCAGCACAAUUUUCAGAUAAUAAUCUCGCUAGUCUUAUUCUGGGACUCAUGGGAGGAUUUUUACCAGUUGCAAUGUCUGCUGGUUUAGGAGGGCUAGUCUUCCCUCUUUUCAGUGUUCAGCUUCAAGGGUUCUCAAAUGCAAACAGUCUUGGUGGAUUAUCAGGGUAUAAUUAUGGAUAUGCUGGUUCUUUCCAUGAUAGUGAAGGCCAAGUGAAUCAAGACACUAGUCAAGCUUCUCAGGCAGAUGAUGAGAAUCUGAAGAAGAUUCUUCUUGUAGUCCUCCUCUUGGUAUUGUUUGCUGUUUUGACUUUGUAAAAGACUAGUCUGCCCAACCAUUGUGUAGAAGAAUUUGAAAAUCCCCAUUGCCAGUUCUUUGUCAUGGGGUCCUUGGAGUGUGCAUGCUUGAUAUUUGUAAACACUGUAAAUUUAUAUGAAAUUCGAAUGAAUUGCUAUUUGAAAUGAAAGAUUUGGUUUUAUGUA